AUGACCGACGCUCAAGUGGUCGAAGAUGGCGCAUACCCGGUCAAGCUGUACGUCUACGACCUCUCGAGGGGCAUGGCGCGCUCGAUGUCCCUGCCGUUGACCGGCCGCCAGAUCGAUGGCAUCUGGCAUACGAGUAUCGUUGCAUGGGAUCGCGAGUACUUCUUCGGCCAGGGCAUCUCGAUCGUCUACCCAGGCGCCUCUCAUCAUGGAACCCCACUUGAGACGUUCGACCUUGGCACCACUUCGAUAGAUCGCGAGACGUUCGAAGGCACUCUCCUUCCUGACUUGCGCGACCGCUUCCGCCCGCAGGACUACAACCUGCUCUCUUGGAACUGCAACAACUUUACGCAGGAGGUUGCUCAAAUCCUUACGGGCGCCGAUAUCCCCGCUCACAUUCGGUCCCUUCCGCAAGACUUUCUCAGCACGCCCUUUGGCCAAAUGCUGCGCCCCCAGAUCGACGCGAUGUUUCGAACACCGUCGGUCGACCUCACGGCUCCCGCUACAACCACUUCAAGCGCGCCAAAUGCACUCGGCAACGAUCUGCUGAGUCAGGUCGCCUCUCGAGCGUACACAGGCAACACGCCUGUGGACAGUGCCACGCUUUCAAAGGCUUCUUCCGCGGAGCUGGUCCAUCAUAUCACGACCGUCACACAGCUCGACGAGAUCUUAUCUGUUUUUCCCUGCGUCGCUGUGCUAUUCACCGCCGAGUCGUGCCCGCCCUGUCGAAUCAUUAAGCCAGCUUUCGCUGACCUAGCCCAUCACCAACAUGUCGACGAGACCAAACCGGGCAACCACAAGCGAGCUGCGUUUGUUCAAGUCGACUCCAACGCUUCCACAACGAACCUGUUCGCCUCAUCGAGCGUGACAGCCACGCCUACUGUCAAGCUGUACACCUUUGGGAAGGAAUCGAGUCAGGUGAGAGGAGCCGAUGUCGGCGAGCUCAAAAUCGCCGUCGACCUGAUGCUAUUCGAGGUAUACCCACCCCACCCACACACGCGUCUAUCGAAGCCGCUUCGAGCACUCGACACGCUGCCCACGCAACCUCAUCUCUACUCUGUAACACCCAAUCUCGACUCGUUGCUUCAAAAGAUCGAUGCGAUAAUCGCACAACAUCCAUCCAAGAGCUUCGGAGAGAAAGCCGACCUUCAAGUAGCACGCAAAACCAUCGCCACAAUGUGGAUACCAUGGCUCGAGACGUCGAGCAACGGUAAGGGGAAAUCAUCCCUUCCCGCCGAUCUGACAGUAGAGGCCUCCAAAGUCGCCAAGCAGCUGUCCGAAACAUUUGCCAUCGACGCUCUCUUCCCCAUCCUGGAUCUCUACCGUGUAUCGAGCUUGAACGAGCCUUUUGUAACGGCUGCAUUCCGUCAGCUUACUGCAAACGAUCGCAAGGAUGUAAACGGCAUCACACGUCUCCUGUCGCUUGUCUCCGAAUUAGCUUAUAAAGGCGAAUGGGCUCCAGGCCAACGACCUCUUCUGCUCACUGCUGCGCGGCUUCUCACAAACCUGGCCGCGUCUGCCCCUUUCGUCGAUGUCAUCGAGUCGCACGAGAACAUCCGCAGUCUCGUGCUCGAGCUCACAACGAGCCUGCUGCUGUGUCCAGAUGCAGGCGUGCGAAGUGCUGCCGCCACGGGCGCCUUCAAUCUGGCGCUUCAUCAGCAUGCCGAACGAGCUGAGUGGAUCAACCGGGACCCACAGGCGCCACCCAUGCGCGGCAGUCGACUGGGCGAGACUUGGGAGUCUGAACUUGCCUCGGCACUGUUGCAGGCUAUUGCAAACGAGUCCGAGUCUGGCGAGACGCUUCACCGUCUGCUCGCUGCUCUCACGCUCCACAUCCAUCUGUCCCAGCAUUGGAACGACAGCGUUGGCCCCAUGCUCCAAGUGCUGGAUGCUGCAGACGCCUUGUCCAACGCGCAACGUGGCCAACUGGUCCAAAGCUCGGCAAAGAAGCAGGACCUGUCUCGGCUGCUAGACGAUCUGGUGCUUCUCUUGUCAUCAGAGACUGCCUAG